GCGCGAGGCCUCGCGGAGGGCGGCGCCCGCGCGGGGGGGCGGCGCCCGCGCGCGGGCUUCAGCGCCAUGGGCGGCGGCUCGUCCACGGAGAUUGGCGGUGUGCGGGUCUUCAAGGUGAGUCAGGGGAGCCCCGCUGCCGAGGCCGGCCUGGAGGUAUUCUUCGACUUCAUCCUCGAGGUCAAUGGGGUGAAGAUGGACCCGAACUAUCAGCAAAAGUUUUCAGAAGGCAUCCAGGCAGCAGAGAACUCGAGUGCGAAGCUCCUGGUCUACAACACCCGAGCGCAUACCACCCGAGAGGUAAUCGUGAUGCCCAGAAAGUGGGCUGGCAAAGGCCUGCUAGGGGCCACCGUCCGCUUCGACGUCACGGAGCCCUCGGAGACGAACGGGAUCCGGGUCCUCGAGGUCUUCCCGAACUCGCCGGCGGCGCACGCUGGGCUGGUGCCGUUUCAGGAC